AUGCACGUUUCACGAGAUGGCACGAUUGAAAAUGACACGGAUAUAGCGGCAUGGGAACCGAUUAAAAAUGACACAGAGAUUACAGCAACUGUGGUCUAUUAUGUUCUAUCGUACGGAAUGGCACGUGUG